GCCCAAAGUGAACCACCACCGAGAGAUAUGCUUAGAAUCAAAUCAUAGAUUAAGUAUCCUUAAGUCUCCACAAACCGAUCGCGAGCAAAAGGCAUCACUCAGAUCUCUCUUCCGCCAUGGGAGUUCCAGCGUUUUACAGAUGGCUCGCCGACCGAUACCCCAAGUCUAUAAGCGACGUCGUUGAGGAAGAAUCGGGUGUAGAUAUCACCCGACCUAACCCUAACGGCUUCGAAUUCGAUAAUCUCUACCUCGACAUGAACGGUAUCAUCCAUCCUUGUUUUCACCCUGAAGGAAAGCCUGCACCGGCAACAUACGAUGAUGUAUUCAAAUCAAUGUUCGAGUAUAUUGAUCAUCUAUUUACUUUAGUGCGUCCCAGGAAGCUUCUUUAUUUGGCUAUAGAUGGAGUUGCACCAAGAGCAAAGAUGAAUCAGCAGCGUUCUCGGCGAUUCAGAGCUGCAAAGGACGCAGCAGAAGCUGAAGCUGAGGAAGAGAUGUUGAGGCAAGAUUUUGAGAAUGGGGGGCAAAUCUUGUCUGGUAAACAGAAAGCAGAAACCUCGGAUUCUAAUGUCAUUACUCCUGGGACCCCGUUUAUGGCUGUACUCUCUGUAGCUCUUCAGUAUUACAUUCAGUCUAGGUUAAAUCGGAACCCUGGUUGGAGAUUUGUUAAGGUGAUUCUCUCUGAUUCAAAUGUUCCGGGGGAAGGAGAACACAAGAUAAUGUCAUACAUUCGUCUACAACGUAAUCUUCCUGGUUUCGAUCCAAAUACGCGGCAUUGUCUAUACGGUCUGGAUGCAGAUUUGAUAAUGCUCUCUCUAGCCACACAUGAAGUUCACUUUUCAAUCUUAAGAGAGGUUAUCACUUACCCUGGCCAACAAGAGAAAUGUUUUGUGUGUGGACAAACUGGUCAUUUUGCUGCAGAUUGCCCUGGAAAAUCAGGUACUGCAAAUGCAGCAUCUGAUGUUCCAAUCCACAAGAAAAAAUAUCAGUUCCUGAACAUCUGGGUGUUGCGAGAAUAUCUGCAAUAUGAAUUGGCCAUCCCAGAUCCUCCUUUCACCAUCAACUUCGAGAGGAUUAUAGAUGACUUUGUAUUCCUUUGCUUCUUUGUUGGCAAUGAUUUCCUGCCUCAUAUGCCUACAUUAGAAAUUCGAGAGGGGGCUAUAAACUUGCUGAUGCAUGUUUACAGAAAGGAAUUUACAGCUAUGGGAGGCUAUCUAACCGAUUCUGGUGAGGUUUUACUAGAUAGGGUAGAGCAUUUCAUUCAAGCUGUCGCGGUAAAUGAAGAUAAAAUAUUUCAGAAAAGGACGCGGAUAAAACAGUCAAUGGAAAACAAUGAAGAAAUGAAACAAAGAUCAAGAAGAGGCCCAUCCGAAAUACCACCUGAACCGAUAGACGAUAAGAUUAAGCUAGGAGAGCCCGGCUACAAGGAGAGGUAUUAUGCUGAGAAAUUUAGUACGACCAAACCAGAGGAAACUGAGCAAAUCAAACAAGACGUGGUACUAAAAUAUGUUGAAGGUUUGUGCUGGGUUUGCCGGUACUACUACCAAGGUGUAUGCUCCUGGCAAUGGUUUUACCCAUACCAUUAUGCCCCAUUUGCUUCAGAUCUUAAGAAUCUCUCUGAUUUGGAAAUCACAUUUUUCAUUGGAGAGCCCUUUAAACCUUUUGAUCAAUUAAUGGGAACCCUGCCGGCUGCAAGCUCAAAUGCUCUGCCUGGAGAAUACCGGAAGUUGAUGACUGAUCCCUCAUCUCCGAUCCUUAAAUUUUACCCUUCUGAUUUUGAGAUUGACAUGAACGGAAAGCGCUUCUCUUGGCAGGGUAUUGCGAAACUUCCUUUCAUUGAGGAGAAGUUAUUGUUAGCAUCUACAAGGAAGCUUGAAGAAACGCUAACGGUGGAAGAACGGCAACGCAACAGCGUGAUGCUUGAUUUGUUAUACGUACACCCCACUCAUCCACUGGGCCAGCGGGUUAUGCAGUACUACCACUUCUACCACCAGUUGCCACCAAAUGAAUGUCUUCCAUGGAUGAUUGACCCGAAUGCUAGCCAAGGGAUGAACGGUUUUCUGUGGUUUAGUGAAAGGAAUGGUUUCCAACCUAGAGUUGUUUCCCCUGUCAAUGGCCUCCCAUGCAUUGAGCAGAACCGAGCUUUAAAUGUUACAUACUUGAAUCCUGCCAAACACUCUCACAUCCCAGAACCACCAAGAGGAGCUAUCAUUCCGGAAAAGAUCUUGACGCAGUUAGAUAUAAAGCCAUUUCCUCCUUUAUGGCACGAAGACAAUAGCAACCGACGCCGACAAGCCCGAGAUAGACCCCAAGUGGCUGGUGCUAUAGCGGGACAUUCACUGGGAGAAGCAGCUCAUCGUCUGAUCAAAAACACCCUUAAUAUGAAAUCUUCCUCUGGUUCGGCUUCAGGAUUAAUUGACCCAAACUCAUACAACCGAAAUAUACCGGGUAGCUAUCAUUACGGUGGACCAAGAGCAGCGGGGGCCUCUUCUUACAGGAAAUCAUAUGGCGAUGAUUCGAGCUACUACAAUUACGGAAAGUAUAACAAUAGUCCUCAAGGAAUGUACAACAACGGUCCGAGAUAUCCUAGUCCAUCGCCAGACUAUAACCGGAACUACAACAACUCCAUAAAACAACAGAACCGUGGUGGAAUCAGAGCUGGUUCAUCGAUAGAAGAUAACGGCAGAAGCAAACAACUGUAUUCGAGUUAUACAGAAGCUGCUAAUGCGAAUAUCAACAACCCAUUGCCAUCACCGCCAACACAAUGGGUUGGUACACCGCAAGGUGGGAAUUUCAGCGGUGGAUACUAUAGGGAAGGAGUUGGGCAUGGUGAGAUGAAUGGAAAGAAAGUGAUUUAUCAGCCUAAGACACAACAAAGUCAUCGAGGCUCAAGUGAAUGAGGUUGAUUAGGUUUCGUCUGUCUGUCGAUAAAGUUUCUUUCUAGUCUUGUCAGAGUCUGCAUCUUCUCCCAUAUUUGCGCUUGUUAUUUAUUCUCUAAAAUUUCUUGCUGAAGGCAAAUGUAUAAUGUACGUUUUGACAGUUUUCUUACACUUUUUAUUUAAUUAAGUGUUAUUUUGACACUUCAGACGAAUCACAAAAAAAUGUUGGUUAUUCACUUAUUUGUUGUUAAAAAGUGAUUACCAAAAAUUUAGAAAUGAAAUGAAUUUUAUUUCUGGCUUUUGCG